CUAACAAAAUGCAGAGGGCGCAAAUAAACACAACACUUGUUACCCCAAACAUCAGUGUGAAUGCCACGGAGACAACGGAGGGACUGCUUUCUAACCCUAUAGAGCUCGUCUCCUUCACUUUAUCCAUUCUCGGAAUAAUCGCUAAUGUAACAGCAAUUUUUGCAACCGUGAAAGUACCCAACUACAAGACGACUCAUUCAAAGCUUAUCGUUAGCCUAUGUGUCUCAGAUGGUCUCGUUUUAAUUGCUAUCCCUUUGAAAUACAUACUCGAUACGUUCUCCGACCUGUUUGGAGACUGCAAAAAUUUGUAUAAGCCGAUUCUCUACAUUGCUCUAAUUGCCACUCAAAUAAAUCUUCUUGCGAUGGCAUUAGAUCAUUAUAUCGCUAUUAUGAGACCAUUACAUCACAGACGUCUGAUGUCUAAUUUUCGUGGAAACUUCAUUGUGAUGAUAAUAUGGGUUUUUAGUAUUACCGCUGGUCUUCUGGAAUUUAUAAUCGGCUUAUUAAUGAAAGCUGAAAGUGGUGAUACAAAAUCGGUGUGUACAAUUAUCUUAAUUGACCAGUAUGACCUAGAAAUUUUCAUAAUAGGUUUUAUAUUUGUUGUACUAUUCAUCAUCGUUAUAAUUUACACACGGAUAUACAUGCAGCUUAAAAGCCACGUACUAGUCGGAAUUCCUCGAAAGCAGACGUCAAAGGCUUUAGUGACAACAGUUCUACUUAUUGGAACAUUUACGUUAUGCUGGGCUCCCAUGGGAAUUUUUCAAAUCUACAUGAACUUUUUAUACAAGACUGAUGUCUUCUAUUUGAUCGAUCACCUCGAGGCGCUACUUUUGGUGAACAGAAUCCUGCUUAUUAUUCUCCAACUGAAUUCGUUAAUUGACCCACUUAUCUACGCCAUUAGGCUUCCUCAGGUACGGACAGGAUGUCACGCUUUUUUCGGUUCAUAUAAAUAUGAAACAAGACCGGAAAUUUCAUUACCGCUCAGCCCAUUGCGAGAUCACUACAUCACUGAGAUUAAUGAAUAAAACCACAAAAGAUUUUAGUUUAACUGAAAUAAGAAGCUGAUUUUAGCAAACAUGUCAUUCAUCAUCAUUCUUAUCUGUUGUGAAGAAAUGACAAUCACGUUUCAAGACAACUUUAAUUAUAUAAGCAAAUAUUGAUAUAUCCAGACCAGAAAAUUCACAAAUCUGUAAAGAAUGGAUAGAAACGCAUGACAAGAGAGACAUAAAACUAAAAUGAAGUACUCAUCCAAACUAUUAAUGAAUAAUGAAACAACAUUCUGUAAACUGGGAAAAUUAGUACAUGGAAAAUACAGGAAUUAUAAACUGCAAAAAUAUAAAUAAAUACUCAUGCAAUGUGUACAGAGGGAGACAGAAUCCAUGACGAACUAGAUGAAAUAGACCUGCAAGAAUGCUGGCUCACUAUUCAAUAACGAGAAAAUCAGCAGUUAUAUAUUUGGUAGUAUAACUUCUUUUGUAUAAAGAUGAAACAUACUAAUGGACAGUGCAUCUAAGCAUACAGUGCUGAAUUAUGAUAAUUUCAUUUCGAAGGAAAUUUGUGUCCUGAGGCAUAUUUUUUCUAUGGUUACAUUACGCAGUCAGCAUUAUACAUGCAACCACCUGUAAUAACCCAAAUUUUUAUCACACACUGGCUUUAAAUCCGGCACAAAUGGUUUUACUAUACACAACAUGUUAAAUGACUUUUUCAAUAUGUGCCCAGCAGUCACAUAAAACCAGCAGAUAAAAUUGUCUAUAAAAGUAUCAAUUAAAUGACAGUGUACCGGUAUGAUAUUUCCUGCAAAAUAAUCUUCGGAAAAGUAUGCCCUUUCCAACUGUACAGCAAACAAGCAAUUAUUGUGCGCAGUCAGUGAACUAGGAGAACUGUGUUCACCAUCUUACAGAAAUUUUGAACAAUACUUUUCUUCCAAAGUUUCAAAUUUAGGUGCACAAUUCAUUUAUCAACAGUGUUUUUAGUCCAUUAUCCCAUUUCUUGGCAGAUCUGUGUAAUGAUUCAGGUUUUCUACAACCUCUUGUAUAUGAUAAGCGGUACCACAAAGAUAUACUGUGCCCAUUUUUGGCUAAAAUAUUUUAUUAUUACAUGUUGAUUUCAAUCUAGAAGAAUCCUAAUGAGUUAUUUUAAGCUUAGCAAAAUGUAUAAACAAAUUAUGCCUGUAGGGCUACAAUCUCAACAGAAAUGUUAUCUAGUAAUUGCCAUUUGUUAAAAAAGAACUUCCAGUUUUUUAGGUGGCAUAACAAAAUCUUACUGUGUAAAACUAUACACAUGUAGUAUUUUAAACCUAGUAUACUACAGUUUACACACAAAAACAAGUUAAUUCUAUGUUUUACAUGGUACUUUAGUCAAUUAGAACUAUCUAUAAGACAAAAGUGGUCUUUUUUGGCAGGUGGACUUUCUUAAAAGGUGACAAUUCACUGGAAAUGUUUGUGGCCUAUAGAGCCAGGUGGUCUCAGUUCAUAAGUGGUCUUUAACGCAGGUUUCACUGUAUGUGCUGGGCAGUAAUUGUUCAUUUUUUGGACAUUAUACAGUCAAACUUCCUUCACUCAAACUCCACGGGACAAGUAAAAUUUAUUCGAGUUAAUGGUAGUUCAAGUCAUUGAAAAAAAUGGGAUUUUGCCAGGAUGUGACAAGUUCAAGCAAAGAUUGGUGUUUGAAUUAUCUGAGUUCAAGCAGACAAACUUUGACUUAACGACUUUAACUAUACCUGUCUGUAAGAUCGGGCACCUGUUCAAGUUUUGAACUAUAUUUCAGUCAUUCUGUAUGUGUAGCUUUGAUCACUUACCUUCAGCAUAUUUUGAUGUCCAAUGUCGCCAUUUUCAAGAUCAGUUACCUCAGCAGAUUCAAGAAUAUGCAAUCUGUCCUCAUCACCUUCAAAUAUUGACUGUAAAACUGUUAUCUGUAAUAAAUAUU